UUCCUCAAAUCAUUUAAGCGCAUUCGACGACUGUUUGUCUUUCCACCCAGAACGCAGCCUACAGCAGCGCUUAAAAACUUUGAACCCUAAACAAACACAGACAGUUCUAGAAAUUAACUUGAAGCGUGUGAAACACAAGAACCAACCAAAUAAAAAUGAAGCUGUUGCUCGCAGUUCUGGUGACCGUGCUGGCCCUUGGCGGAGUCUUAACGUUGCCGGCUCGCAACGACCCGCAGGACGAUGCGGAGGUGAUUAAAGUGCCAUCACGCCCCCAGCCCGAAUCGGAUUUCCAUAACUUCCGCGGCGUCAUCGAUACGGGCUCCGGCUAUCCCUUCCUCCAGCCGAAUCCUUCGAGCUUCAAUGCGGGCUUCUUCGACUCCUUCGACGAUCUGUUCCGACGUCUCCGCACCCGGCUUUGGCCCUUGGUUGGCAGCGAAUCCGGUGAGGAUGGAGCUCCGCGGAUUGGUGACUCCGAUGAUUCCAGCGAUGACAACGGUGCUGGCUUUUCAUUUGGAGUACGACCCUUGAUUCCACUGGAUUCCAAGAAUGCCAAUACCACCUCCACUGUAAAGGUCGUCGAUGGUCACAAGGUAGAGAUCAACGAGACGGUUUAUGGAGACAGCAACAGCGUUUUCAAGGUUCGAUUGGUAAACGUGCGUCCUCUGGAAAGCGGCGAGGAGGUGGCCCAGGGUGUGCACACCAGCGGGGGCGACUUCAAGCCGGCGGUGGCUCCCAGCACCUCCGCCCCGUCCACCAAGGUCGGGGAGUUCGACGACGAGGAGGAUGAAGACGAUCGCCGCGAGCCCUUGGAGAAGCAGCCGCAGGACAACGAGGUGCGCGACAUUGAUGAGCCCAAGUCCACUACAACCACAAGUUAUACAACCAAACUUGACAGCAGCUCACCCGCAGACUCAGAAUCCGAAGCUUCUGGUAUCAGUGAGGAUAUAGCGGAGACUCUCUCGGAAGAACAAAAGAGGACGAUGGAUCAGCUGAGGGAAAUGGUGGCAUCCGUGCAGAAAGAGAUUAAAAAUGAAGAAGACUUGGAGCCGGAUCAGGAGGACAAGGAAUAUUUAAAAAAGAAGGAGAAGAGGGAGCGCGAAGAAUUGGAAUCCUCUGGCGAUGAAGACGGCGAAGCCACAACUCCUGUCGUGAUGAGCGAAACUUUCAACGACGAGUGGGCUGAAUUCGACCAGGAUCCGGAUCCGGAAGAGGAUCAAGAGCACGAAGCGGACUUCGGAAACGAUCUGGAUAACGAGAUCGGUAUCGAGGAGAACUUCGUGCCUGUAGACCUAUCCAACGAUAUAGCUGUCAACGACAUUGCUGCAGCAGAUCCAAGUUUUCCGCAUAAUCCCGACGCUGAGUUCAUUGUGGAUCCAUCUGCAAUUAGAACUAUGCCCAUGUUUGAAAAGCUUUCGAUUGGAGAGCCCUCGAAAUGAGGACCAUACUUUUCCUUCUAGUCCUGGCAUUGCCUUCAAUCUUAAGUCCCUAGUAUGUAACAAUUCACCGAUGACAUCUCUGAGAGAUGCAAAGAAAUCGGCAUUCUCUUUAAUCCUAGUUUCUCGUAUUUAUUUUGACACAUAACAAGUAUUAGGAGCAUUGAAAAUUAUUUAUUGCUAAACUACAAAUGAAAAAAUUAAGUAUUCUUACAGUAAGUAAAUCUAUUUCGACCAUCGAUAAAGUAGUAAAAUAAAGCAGGUGCAAUGUAAUUUGAGAGGGUUUAAUUGCUAAUUGUAUACUUCCUUACAACAACCUUUUAUUUUUAAUGGCUUUUUACUGAUAAUAAUAUUCUAUUACUUGAAAUAAAAAUGAGUAGCCAUCGAACACA